AUGGUUGGCGUGGUGUUGAGCGCCAUUUUUACCGUCGUGGAGUACCGAUGGAUCAGUAAAGACUUUGUUUUCGUCAGAUCACUGAAAAAAGCCUACGUCGUCAAAGCCGCUAUAGCUAGCAUUCUUAUAGUGCUUGCAAUAGCCUUUGGGAUUGCACUGUUCAAAAGCACCAACGUUGGAGGCGUCUUGGAAUGGACUAUUGCAUUCGGGUUCACCUUCUACCUCCUGACGUUCUUCUAUGAUUUGAGGAUGUCAAAGGGCGUCCGCAAAGGAGAGCUCACAGCUGCUUACGCCGACCACGAGCUCUCUUCUAGAACGAGGAAUACAAGACACGUAUAG